AUGAGGGUCAAUCAGCAAGCCAUUAUCAAAUUUAGCAUUGGCAAGUACCAAGAUGAGAUUUUAUGUGAUGUGGUACCCAUGCAAGCUUUCCAUCUAUUGCUUGGAAGACCUUGGCAAUUUGAUACUGAUGCCCAACAUAGUGGGAGAACUAAUAAAUACUUAUUUGUGGUCAAUGGAAAGAAGUACAUUCUUAAUCCGCUAGCCCCUUACCAAGUGAGUGAGGAUUAUAGAGUGAUGGGGGAUCUUCGGGAGAAGUAUCAAAAGGAAGAAAAGGAGAAGAGUGAGAAGGAGGGGGGGUUGGGCCUUAGGUGGAGAGGGACAUCUAAAGAUGGUUCCAAGAAAUGUUUGUUGGCCAAACCAAGUAAUUAUUUAAAAGGGUUGAUGAGACACUUCUUGGUGUGUCUUGUCAACAAAGAUCUUCUCCUAAAUGCUAACCAAGCUACUAGCACUUUGCCUAGUAGUAUGUCUUCUCUUUUGCAGGAAUAUGAAGCCUUGUUCCCGGAGGAGAUGCCCGAUGGCUUACCUCCCUUGAGAGGUAUUGAGCACCAAAUCGACUUUGUACCGGGUUCUUAA